GCUACCUUUCCUUGCACCGAUGGUGGGGUGGCGGCAUCACAGUCGUUAGUUUUUCCCUCUCUUUCUGCUGGGAUUUUCUUAAGAGAAAAAUAAAUUUCGAAAAAAUUAACCAGAUCCAGUAGGCCAGUUUUUCCCUCUCUCUGUGUUGGCCAGUCUUUGCCGCUGCAUACGGUACUAUACAUUACAGUCGCUCAAAUUUUAUAGCAGCUCAAAACAGAUCGACCAAAGACCGGAAGUUCCAGUUCAACUUUGCCGCGAUAAGGAGAACCCUAUACCCUCAAUUAUCUACUAUAUUCUCCAUUUUUUCGUCGACGAUCAUGGCGUCUCCUUCUCUACUCCCGGUUCCCGGGGUUUCCAAGGAACUUCAAAGUACAAUAACAAAUGCUCAUUUUGGCGCUUCUUAUGGAUUGGACUGUGAAAUAGGGGCUUCUAGUUUACAUGCCCAAUAUAAGAAAAGAAGAAUAUCACCAGAUAAUGACAAAUCAAGGGAGAUUUUCAGAAUUGCAUCUUCAUUACCAACCUUAUACUCGAGGGAAUACUACAUGGAACCUUCCUCGACUGAUUUGACUGCCAGAGAACUCAUGGAUCCUGGUUAUUGCAGUCGGGUUCCAGAUUUCACAGUUGGGAGAUUAGGUUAUGGAUGUGUCAAGUUUCUUGGGAUGACUGACAUUAGGUGGCUGGAUUUGGAUCAGAUUGUGAAGUUUCAUAGGCAUGAAAUAAUAGUUUAUGAAGAUGAAAACACGAAGCCUGCAGUUGGUCAGGGCCUUAACAAGGCCGCUGAAGUGACUUUGACUCUGCAGAUAAGAUCAUCAGAUUCCAAUAAGGGGAAACUAAAAAAUGUUGUGGAGAAAUUGAGGGAGAGUACAGAAAAGCAGGGGGCUCAUUUUAUAUCAUUUGAUCCAGCAAAUGGUGAGUGGAAGUUCUCAGUCUGCCAUUUCAGCAGAUUUGGAUUGUGUGAAGAUGAUGAGGAAGAUAUCACAAUGGAUGAUGUUGUAGCAGUUGAACAACCAGUUGAGAUGAAUGAUGGUGAGGCUCCUGAAACAAACGAAGAAACCCAAGUAGAAUUUGAACCCAGCGCACCUAUGCUUUAUCAUUCUCUUCCUGCACAUCUUGGGCUUGAUCCUGUAAAGAUGAAAGAGAUGAGGAUGUUAAUGUUCCCUGUAGAGGAAGAAGAAGAGGUUGGAAAUUUCAGUGCCCCUUCACGCCAGAAUCUGUCCUCUAGUAAAGAACACAUAAGGGAUCCUUUGCAUAAUUCCACUCAGAAAAUGAGCCAUAGAUCUAGCAUCCCUGUUGCAAGGAAAAUGCCGUUGGCUCUACUUGAGUAUAAUCCUGGUAGUUUUGAUUCUAGUUCCCAUGGAACAAUUUUGAUGGCCCAACAAAAUAAGGGCCUGCCUUUAAAGACAAUAAGAGGAGAAGGAUUUAAGCUGGACCUAAAACAUGAGACACCAAUAAUUGGAAGCCAUUCUCGCAACAUAGUUGAUGCUGGUUUAUUCAUGGGUAGGUCAUUUCGUGUAGGUUGGGGACCAAAUGGUGUCCUGGUUCACUCUGGUGCUCCAGUUGGAUAUAGUGGUUCUCAGAGGCUAUUAUCUUCUGUAAUUAAUGUAGAGAAGGUUGCAAUUGACAGAGUGAUCAGAGAUGAGAAUAACAAAGCCAAAAAAGAUUUAGUUGAGUUUGCUUUUAACUCUCCUUUGAAUCUCCACAAAACAAUAACUCAUGAAACAAAAGAAGUUGAAGUGGGGCCCUUUAAACUAAAGCUCCAAAAAGUUCUUUCUAAUCGCUUAAUGCUUUCAGAGAUUUGUCGCAGUUACAUAGACGUCAUUGAAAGGCAGCUGGAAGUUCCUGGUCUCUCAUCAUCUGCACGUCUAGUUUUGAUGCAUCACGUGACAAUCUGGGAAUUGAUAAGAGUUCUUUUUUCUGAAAAGGAAAAUAGCGGACAGUCGAAGUCUGUGGGUGAUGACAAUGAGGAAGACAUGAUGCAGGAUCUGAAGGAAGGUUCACUUGAAAUUGACCAGGAAUCACUUCCUCUUAUCCGACGAGCAGAUUUCAGUUGUUGGUUGCAAGAAAGUGUUUGCCAUCGUGUCCAAGAAGAAGUAAGCUCUUCGAAUGAAUCUAGUUAUCUAGAACACAUUUUCUUACUAUUGACUGGGCGACAACUGGUUGGAGCUGUGGAAAUGGCUGUUUCCAGAGGAGAUGUUAGACUGGCCUGUUUGUUGAGUCAAGCUGGUGGAUCCACAGUGAACCGUGCUGAUGUGGCACGGCAGCUUGAUCUUUGGAGGAUCAAUGGGCUGGACUUCAAAUUCAUUGAGAAGGAGAGAAUAAGGCUAUAUGAAUUGCUUGCUGGUAAUAUUCAUGACGCAUUAAAUGGUUUUCAAAUUGACUGGAAGAGGUUUUUAGGAUUAUUGAUGUGGUAUCGGUUGGCGCCUCAAACAUCUUUGCCCAUUAUUUUCCAAACUUAUCAGCACCUGCUUCAUGAAGGUAAGGCUCCAUAUCCACUUCCAAUUUACAUUGAUGAAGGACCAGUAGAAGAGGCUAUAAAUUUCUCAGGGAGACACUUUGAUCUCGCAUAUUACCUUAUGCUUCUUCAUGCCAAUGGAGAGGGUGAAUUUGGCUUUCUGAAGACCAUGUUUAGUGCCUUCUCUUCAACAAAUGACCCACUUGACUACCAUAUGAUCUGGCAUCAGCGAGCAGUGUUGGAAGCUGUGGGCAUUUUCUCUUCUAAUGAUCUUCAAGUUCUUGACAUGAGUCUUGUUUCCCAGCUGUUGUGUAUUGGGCAAUGUCAUUGGGCUAUCUAUGUUGUCCUUCACAUGCCAUUCCGAGAGGAUUAUCCAUAUCUCCAAGCUACCCUUAUUCGGGAAAUUUUGUUUCAGUAUUGUGAAACUUGGAGUUCAGAUGAAUCACAACGCCAAUUUAUUGAGAACCUUGGCAUUCCAUCAGCAUGGUUGCAUGAGGCUAUGGCAGUUUACUUCAGUUACCAUGGGGAUCUCUCAAAGGCCCUUGAACACUAUCUUGAAUGUGCAAACUGGCCAAAGGCUCAUUCUAUUUUCAUAACUUCAGUGGCCCAUUCAUUGUUUUUAUCAGCCAAUCAUUCAGAGGUUUGGAGGCUUGCUACUUCGAUGGAGGACCACAAGUCUGAAAUUGAAAACUGGGACUUGGGAGCUGGAAUUUAUAUAUCAUUUUAUUUGAUAAGAAGUUCAUCACAGGAAAACAACAAUACUAUAAGUGAACCAGAUACUCUUGAGGGCAAAAAUUCUACUUGUGGGGACUUCCUUGAUCAUCUGAAUGAAUCUUUGGCAAUUUUUGGUGACAGGUUACCAAUUGACGGAAGGGUUGCAUACUCGAAGAUGGCAGAAGAGAUAAGCGAAUUACUUUUAUCUGAUGUUAAUGAGGGUUUGACACGUGAUGCUCAGUUAAGUUGCUUUGACACUGUAUUCAAUGCUCCGGUUCCCGAGGAUCUCCGCUCAAAUCAUCUGCAGGAUGCUGUGUCUCUCUUCACAUGUUAUCUUUCAGAAAUGGCGACAUAGUUUUUGCGGCUUCUUCUUCUAAUCACUGUUUGAAGUUUUCUACCUCCAAAGCAAAAGUCGAGCUGGAAAUCAUAAUUUUUUUUUUUUCCCAGUGAAGCUCUUGAUUGAAUAUCUGCAUUUGUGUGUUACGGUAAUUAAGUGAGUGGGAACCCUCUUUUGAGUAUGAAAGGUUUUGUACGAGGUAGUUAACAAAGUGUUUUCUAUGUGGUAAUUAAGAAACAGCAUAAAUUUGAUUAUAGAAUUGUAUUAAACGAAGUUCUCCGAGAUCAUCAUAUAAAAAAUUAGUCUGAAAUACUGAAAUUUCGAUCAAAA